AUGAAGCCUUUUGUUACAGGCCAUGAGGACUUGGUCCACGAUUUGGCGUACGAUUUUUAUGGCAGACACGUUGCUACAUGUUCAUCGGACCAGCACAUCAAAGUUUUCAGGUUGGAUAGAGAAACGAACGAAUGGCAGCUGAGCGAUUCUUGGAAAGCUCACGAUAGCUCAGUGGUAAGUCUGGAUUGGGCAAGCCCAGAAUAUGGAAGAAUUAUUGCCUCAGUUUCAUACGACAAGCUGAUUAGAUUAUGGGAAGAAGAACCAGAUGCUCCAGAGUGUUCAGGACGCAGAUGGACCAAGCUUUGCACGUUGAAUGAUGCUACAGGCCCACUUUUCAGCGUGAAAUUUGCCCCGGGCCAUUUGGGUUUGAAGCUAGGAGCUUUAGGCAACGACGGAACUCUAAGAAUAUAUGAAGCGCUAGAACCAUCGGAUUUGAGGUCCUGGAGUCUAACGUCUGAAAUUCCCGUACUUGGAUCUCCACCCGCUUCUCAUCUACAGUCUGAUUUUUGCCUGACAUGGUGCCCGUCCAGAUUUCUGCGCGAAACUCUACUUGUAUGUGCUUUAGACCAGGCCUUGAUCUACCAAAAAGACAAAAAUGACAAAAUGUACGUGGCUGCUAAGCUUGAAGGUCAUGAAGGCCUGAUCAGAUCCGUCAGUUGGGCCUCCUCAAUUGGCAGAUGGUACCAGUUGAUCGCCACUGGUUGUAAAGACGGGAAAGUUCGAAUUUUUAAAGUCACGGAAACAUUGAAGGGCGCAGAUGGAGGCAAACGCGAUGAAGAUUCCAUGAGCGUUGAUCAAGAUAGCGAUUCUUCUGAAAACAACGGCAAGGAUUCCGGACUGAAUGUUGAGUUGGUCAGUGAAAGUGCUGACCACAAGGGCGAGGUGUGGUCUGUAUCUUGGAAUCUAACUGGCACCAUCCUCAGCUCUGCGGGAGACGAUGGGAAAGUUCGUUUGUGGAAAUCAUCGUACUCGAAUGAAUUUAAGUGUGUUUCUGUCAUCAGCGCUCAUCAGCGGUCAUGA